CAAUCACUCAUGAACGCGUCGCGUCCUCUCCAUCACAGUGAUGCAACAAGAACGUACCUGAACCAACGAAAAUCUAGUCUUCAACAUCAUGCUAAAUACUACAUCCGCACCCCCACAGAAGAGAUCCCGGCGUGUUUCAGCGAAGCUAGUAUCUACUCAGGAAUUGCAGGUUGAGCAAGCCAGAUGCGGACUGGUAGCAGAACAGAGGUACAGAGAACUGAAGAACUCAAAUCCGAAGAAGCAAGCGGGCCAUCCGAAGGACACCUUCAAGCUGUUUUGCUCGCUAUAGAUUCACAUUUUCCUACUCUUCACUCCUUUAUUCAGGCUUUCCUCUUGACAACAGACCAGCAGCAGUCUGCUCGUGUAUCAAGAAUACUCGGAGCACACGGAGGCGAAAUUCUCGCGCUUAUGCACCAACAUCGUCCCGAUGUGAUGCAUAUGUGGGCUGUCAACUGCUGCAACUCUCGGACCUCAGAGAAAGCAAUCUGCGAACUCGAAGACAAGGGGGCACUCUCAAAUUCUGUGUAGCAGGCCAAUAUAUCGGUUUGGUUGGUUAUUGAGAUGACAGAGAAGAUGCGACGCGUUCAU